AUGUUUAACAUUGAAACAGAGAAUGAUCUUAUCACGCUAAACGGUUAUCUUGCUGAUAACGCUUUCGUUACCGGGUUCACCUUAACCGGUGAGGAUGCUUGCCUUUUUUCACGGUUUAAUUCCAUUCCUGAUGGAAAGAAAUAUGCCUAUAUAGCUCGAUGGUACAAGAAUAUACAAAGUUAUAGUGAUGAUGAAAAAAAGUUAUGGCCCAGUGCAACUUCAUCAGAAGAAAAAAAAGCUGAAAAUGAAGACGAUUUCGAUCUUUUUGGUUCUGAUGAUGAAGAGGAAGAUGAUGAAAAAGCCCGUAUUACGGCUGAAAGACUUAAAGCUUAUGCAGAAAAGAAAGCUGGCAAACCUGCUGGUGUCGCAAAAUCGAACAUUAUUUUUGAUGUCAAGCCAUGGGAUGACACUAUUUCUUUACAAGAUAUAGAAACAAAUGUUCGAUCGAUAGAAAUCGAUGGUUUAGUUUGGGGAACAGCAAAAAUUCUUCCUGUAGCAUUUGGAAUCAAUAAAUUACAGAUCUGCUGUGUUGUUGAAGAUGAGAAAGUUUCUUCGGAUUGGCUUGAAGAGCAGAUUACAGGUUUCGAAGAUUUAGUACAAUCUGUUGAUAUUGUUGCUUUUAAUAAGGUUUAA